AUGGCAUAAACCAAAAUUUAGAAUAGGAAUUAAGUCCAUAAAUGAAAGAAUCACUCACUUUGAGCCUUGAAUAGAAUGCACUUGGGGCCAACCUGAUGAGAGAGAGAGAGGAAAAGAAUCAUGCAGUAAUGGUUCAUUGGGAGCUCUGUUUCCAUGCAUUUCAUGCCUUAAAGAUCACUUCUUAAACAUUCACUUUUCCCCUCUUAAAAAAUGACUAAAACUAUAGCUUCCAAUUGCAUCACCAUUACAUACUAAAGCUUUUACCCUCAAAUCUCCCUCUCAUCACCAUUGUUGCAGGAUGGGGAAGCCUCCUUGCUGUGAUAAGUCCAAUGUUAAAAGAGGGCUUUGGACUGCAGAGGAAGAUGCCAAAAUCCUUGCUUAUGUUUCCAACCAUGGAGUUGGGAAUUGGACUCUGGUUCCCAAGAAAGCAGGGCUGAAUCGAUGUGGGAAGAGUUGUAGACUGAGAUGGACUAAUUACCUUAGGCCUGAUCUCAGGCACGACAGCUUCACUCCUCAAGAAGAAGACCUCAUUAUCAAACUCCAUCAAGCCAUUGGAAGCAGGUGGUCUGUAAUAGCAAAGCAGCUGCCAGGAAGAACAGACAACGAUGUAAAAAAUUACUGGAACACAAAGCUGAGAAAAAAGCUUUCAAAAAUGGGAAUAGAUCCAAUAACUCACAAGCCCUUUUCUCAGAUCCUGUUUGACUAUGGAUCCAUAAGCAGCCUCCCAGCCACGCCCAAACCCCCCCUGAUAGGCCCCUUCAACAAAACCUUGAACCCAACAACAACAACAACAAUGGCCAAAACCCAGCAACCAUUUUCUUCAGGGGCCUAUUUGGGACAGCAAUUUCAGUUUCAGACCCCAAAGAAACCACAGUUUUUCAAUGAACAACCGACAACCUCGUCUUGUUCAUCGUCCUCCAUCAAUGGCGGUGAAGGCUUGUUCCAUUUUGCUGCUUCUUCGUCGUGUUGUUCGGAGCAGCGUAAUGGGAUUGAGCCCUUUUCGCAGCAAUGUGAAGGGUCUUCUUCCGAUUCGUCUUUCGAUUCGUUUGUGGAUGCCUUGUUGGUGCAGGAUUGUGAGAUUAAGGGCUCGUUUCCGGAGAUUUUGGAUGGGUGUUUUGAUUAUUGA